AGAGCAGGUUUGGGGAAUCAGGGAGGUCACAACUUCACUUUUAAGAUCCAGGAGUGUGUCCUGAGGGAGUCAGGCAUGAUGAUCCUGGGAACUGAGAAGUACUGUCUGUCCUGUAAAAUUAAUAAUGAUCUAAUUUAGAUGAACAGCCCAAGGACAGGCCAGCCUCUCCUCUCAAGUGAGAAAAUAGCCUGUACCUUCCACAGGAAGCUGCUGAAGGCGAGGGUUGCAGGAUGUGCGCUCUGUUUGUGCUGGGGAUGGUUUUUCUGUCUUACCCGUAUUGGGGGAGACUGAUUUUUCUUCUCUUUGUAGGUGACCUUCAUGAAGUUGGAAAAGAUCUUGGAACAAUGUGUUAUAAAUGUAAGAAGUAUCAUCUUGGGCUAUGCUAUGACGUCAUGAGUUCCUGCACACUGAAGCAUAGACAGUCCUGUGCUGCUGAGAACUUUUACAUACUCACAAGAAAAGGGCAGAGCAUGUAUCAUUAUUCAAGACUGUCAUGUAUGACCAACUGUGAGGACAUCAACUUCCUGAGUUAUGAAAAGAGAAUAGAACUCAUCUGUUGCAAACAUAGUAGCUAUUGCAACCUCCCAGUGGGACUCUAGUUAUGAGUUCCUAUGGAUUUGGCAUCAUUCUUCAACGUAUUACCCACUCCCUCUCCUCAAAAGUCUGUAUUUGCUCUCCUCUCCUAACUAAUGGUAAAUGAGAAAGUCAUUUAGCAGUGAAAAGGGGAGUGGUCAUGGGAGAAAUUGGGCUGGGAGCUCAACCUCAUUGCCAAGCAAAUAUUUGUCAAUUGUUUUUCUCAUAUCUGACAGAGCACUUGGGUUUGCUGACAACGCUGCUAGUCAUGAAUAGGCUGAGAAUUAGUUAGCCCCUAUAUGAAAACAUAAAGUCCUGGGUCAAAAUGUUAUCCUAACUUUGUAAGAGAAAUCUGUGUGUAUACUCUGACCUCCUCUGUACCAACUGAAUUGGGAUUCUCUUUUGACUAGCUCUGUGACUUCCUGGCAUAAUCCUUUCUCUCAUGAAUUCUGAAGGUAGGGAGGAGAUGACUCCUGCUUUUCAAUGUGCUGAUGAUCUGAUCCAAACCUUUGCCUGUUAGAUUUCAUGGGGGAAUAUCUCUGGUGAGAAAAAGCUAAACAAACAGAGAGAUUAAACAACAAUACUUUAGAAACUUUCGGAAAUUGUCAUUGAUGCAGAAACAGUUAAGUGUGUGUGGAUCUGAUUUGUAUUAUCAAGGCUCUUGGUUGAACCAGGUGAUUGGAUUGGGAAUUGAGGCCUUGUUCAAAAUUGGCUAUUCAACUCCUUCUGAUGGGAAUGAAGAAAAAAGGGAAAAUGGGUUUCUAUUGUAGUUAAAGGUAACAGAACAUGUAGCAAUAGCAUGAGGUACCAUGUUCUAGCUUCAUUUCUGUUGCUGGGAUAAAACAUUCUAACCCAAACCAUCUGAAGCUAGGAAAGGGUUUAUCUGGCUUAUACUUCUAGAUCUUAGUCCAUCAUGGAGGGAAGUCAGGACAGGAACUCAAGGCAGGAGCCUGGAGGCAGAAACCAGAGAGGAACAAUGCUUGAUAGUGUAUCUGCCGGCCUCUGCUUAGCUAGUUUUCUCAUACAACACAAGACCACUUGUUUAGGAAUGAUACUACCCACAGUGGUCUGGUUAUGUCCAUAAGAAUAAUCAAGAUCGUCUCCCAAAGGCAUGUCCACAAGGCAAUCUGAUCAAAGCAAUUUCUUAGUUGAUGGUACUAAGUUGAAAAAGUUAACUAGGACAUGGUGUUUGGGUAAUAAUGUGUGCCACUGUAAGAUAAUGUUAUGAGUAGCAGAAAGAAUGGAAGACUAGAAGUUAACAUCAGUAAGAGGAGGGAUAUGCAGGCACUACAUGAAUCAAGUACCAAGUAAUAAACAAAAGCAGAGCCGCACAGACACAUGGGGCCAGGAUGAACAGAGGGCAACCACAGUUCUCUGGUUAGGAAGCUGACUGUAAGUGCUGGUCCUGGAUUCUUAUGAGCCUUCUCAACUGUAUUAUGCCACAACAAACUCCCCAAUAAACAAGUUGUCCUUCUACUUGAAGAAUUCAAUGAACUUCUGUCCUUGUCUUGUGUCUUAGAAUGCAGUUUGUUGCUUUUAUUUGUGGGGGGAG